GUAGGGAAGCAAUUUAAUGAGGGAUGGCGUUUAGCCUGAACACCCUGCUUGACAGUGCUGGGGGGCUUCUAGGACUUGGGGGAGACCCAUUGGCCACACCGAUAGGACGUCAGGUUCUAGCUGCAACCUCCGAGAAUCUGAAUUCUAUUGAUUGGAACUUGAACCUUAGUAUUGUAGAUCAAGUAAAUAAUACAGACGAUGGUCCGAGGGAGGCUGUACGGGCAAUACGACGCAGAAUACAAAAUACAGCUGGUAAGGAUGAAGGAAGUGUAUUCUAUUCUUUAGUUCUGACGGAAACUCUGGCAAAAAACUGCGGGAAACGGUUUCAUCUUCUUAUCUGCAGCAGGGAAUUUUCUAAUGAGUUGGUUAACAAGAUUAUCCCUCUCUGUGCUGACGGUGAAUCUCAGUUGGUCCAGGACAAGAUACUGUCCUUGGUUCAGUCCUGGGCUCACGCAUUCUCCGUAGACCCUGAACUGCAGGGUGUAGCUGAACUAUACCUGGAGCUCAAGAAGAAAGGUGUUGAAUUUCCUCCUCCUUCAGAUGAUGAUAUACUUCUAGUUCAGAAAAAUCAGAUGGAGUUUUCAUCUCCUGUAAGUAGUUCAAGUAGUAGUAGUGUUACAGUAUCCCCAGCCAGGCAGAGUGUUGGGUCUCGACCAGCUUCUCGAGCUAAAUCUGCGGACCAAUCCCGGCGAAUGCAGGCUGCUAGACGCAUCCUGUCUGGAAAUCUAACCCAGAGACAGAUGAUAAAACUAAAUGAAGACCUUAGGAGAAGCGAGGAUAGUAUUAGUAUACUCAGUGAACUAUUAACAGAGCUUAUUCCUGGACAGGAGGAUCCUGAGGAUUUAUCCAUGCUUCUUGAGCUAGAGAUCAACUGUAAAGAGAUGCAGGCUCGGGUUCUGCAGCUUCUCCAGAUCCUGGAGGAGAGGGAGAUAGUGCAGAGGUUGUUGGAUAUAAACGACAACUUCAACAAUGCCUUCAUCAGGGUUGAAAGAUUUAAAAGAAGUCAACCUUCCAACACGAAGAUAAUAGAACCUGAACCUACUAAACCAGAGCUUAUACCACCAACAGGAGGUGAAAUACCUCGACCUGUGAGUGGAGAUGCUGCUGCGCUGGUCAGCCGACCUGAUGAUUUUCAAGAAAUAGAGAAAUGGAUGAAAACGGAGGACCUGAAUGAACUGGAGGAACUUGAGGAGAUGAGGAAGGAGUUUGAGGCAGAAGGAGUUCUACCUGGAGUCUCAGGAAUUGCUACUGGAGUACCUGGCGUACCUGUAGGUUCUCCCAGGGCAGGUAAACCUGGAGGUCAGGAGGAUUCAACAACUGAGGAGUUUGAAAAAUUUCUUGUAAAAAGAGCAGAGGCAGUAGAUCAACUCUAAUUAAUCUGAACGGGUUGGAGAGGUUCUGUUUUAGUGAAGUUAACAAAAGAGGGAGGAAAAGAAGAGUUUGUAAUUCAAAACGAGGUGUUAAGACGUGGGCUGAUGGCACGUCCAGGUCACUACUAAAAUAUUUUACUAACUCCUACAAGAUGAUUAUUGAUUAAUGCUGUUAACACAACCUCAGUUUUAUAAUAUAAACAAAAUUUACACUAUUUUCACUCAAAUUUCAGAGGUCGGUCAAUUAAAUUUUUAUUUGCUUAUUUCUCUGAUUAUUUUGACAUUAUUAAUAUUUAAUCUUAAGCAAUCUUACAACCUAAUACAUAUCAUUAACAAUCAUUAGCUGUUUUAAGUUUGCUUAACUUCAGUAAAACUCAAAAAUGCAAAAAUAAGUUUGUCAGAUUAUAUUUUUGGUAGCUAUGCAGUCAUCAGUCAUCACAGUACUCACGCUACUGAAGUUCUAAAUAUUUUAUGUUUCACACUUGAACUAUCAUAUUUGUUCAAUUUACAAAAAUGUUGAUGAAAUUUCUACAUGUUAACUUUUAAUCUAGUCAUUGUGAUAUUGUUAAUAUUUAGUAUAGUGUAUGCACUUUACACGCAUCUUAUCUAAAUUCAAAUCGGAAAGCAAAAAAUAAUUGCCAAAAAUGUUCUUCUAUUUCUUAAUUUUAUUUCCUGAUGUAAUUAAUCCUUGUCCUAAUUAAUUAAUUAAUAAUUCAUCUGAUGUAUACAAUGCAUGAAUGUUGCAGA